CGACCUUCAGGAACGUAUCCGCCUGCGCGCGCGCGCGCGCGUCUGCUUGUGUUGUUCCUUCGUGUGUCGCCGAAUAGACCGAAUAGUUGCUUCGCGAUAAGCACUUGCUAGAAUAACCUCAAACUUUUGUAUUGGCCGCCGGAACGCGGCUCUAUCGUUCCCCGUCUCGCUUUAUUAUUCGCCUUCUGUACAAGCAAGCGAGAUGAACGCGCCCGCGGCAAAUGUGCUCGUACAAUUCAUCGUCGCUCAGGGAGCGACUCAUUUCCACGACAAGGUAAAUGUACGCGCUGCGGUCACACACGCAUCGCGCGCGUGUGUGUGUUAACAAUUUUCAUUCCAGAUUUCGAACGAUUUCGAACAUUACGGUGCGUCGUAUAUUUAGCUGGCGACGAAGCGUACGAAGGGGGAGUGUCUCGCGCGCUUUGAUUCUUGGACGCGUGCCUAGGCUAUUCGGACGUGCCGAGUCAUUCGAAUUGGCGACUGCCAUCGAGAUGUCACAUAUUCACAUAUCACUGUGUCAGCCGCUCAUCUCGAUGUGCGAGGUAUUCUCUUUAUUGUGGGUCGACUUGUUACGAAUGAUUGUAGUGUAAGAGUUUGAGAAUUAAACGUUUAAGAGUUUGUUGAUACUACUGUAUCGGGGUGAAAUGUGCGCAGAAACGCGUCGCAUCCCCCCCUCCAGACUUUAGUCUGCACUCUCGACAGAUCGAAACGAUUCUCGUAUACGGUCCUGGCAACGCGGUGCUGAUACGCGCACGAGCACCCGAGCAAGAUGUUUUAUUUAUGCCCUCGUCGCGAUUUUCGUCGUGAGGUCGCACGGUGAACGGUGAGGUGAACGGUGCGUGUCGAGGAUGUUUCUGCGACGCUGCUCGUACGCUCGAUUAUGGCAGCUAGUGGCGAAUUAUGGAGGGCGGUGGUAUAUCAGGAGAAGGAGAAACUGGUGGGCCACGCAAUACGCAACAAGCAGGAGCUAGCAGAAAGCUGCAACAAACACAAGCUACAGUAGAUGAAGUUGUGGGUAUAAUGAAAGUUAAUGUUGAAAAGGUACUGGAACGAGAUCAGAAGCUUUCCGAGCUUGAGAACCGGGCGGAUGCUUUGCAACAAGGUGCGACGCAAUUUGAACAACAUGCUGGCAAAUUGAAGCGAAAGUACUGGUGGAAGAAUCUCAAAAUGAUGAUUAUCAUCGGCAUCAUAUGCGUCAUCAUUUUGAUUAUCAUCAUUUUUUUAGUUCUACCAAGUUCGUCAGAUUCUUCUGACAACUCUACAAAUGCUCCGAAAUGAUAGCGUUGUACCAAAGGUGGGAGACAAAGUGUUCCGAUUAACAAUAUCUCUCUUAGAGUAUGUUACAUAUGAUGAAGAAACUACAGGUUGUAAAACUGGAACAAACGUGAUUGUGGAUUAUUUCAUUUUUAAUAUAUAUAUAUAUAUAUUAUACACAUACACAUAUAUGUAUAUCGUCCAUAUAAAUUGGGAGCAAAGAUCAUGCCACAUAUAUAUUUUUGAGACUUAAUUAUUAUCAAAGCGCACAAUUAUUAGACUAAUGACCAGUAUUAAUACAGGUGGCCUUCUAUCGUAAAAAAAAUUGUACAGCGGACGUGUUCUCAUGAUGUUUAAUCUUGUUACACGAUGCUUAUUAUAAAUUUAUUGAUGAUACAUAA